AUCCACUCGAUACACUUUCGAGACCUCGACAAGUAAAAAUGUUCGCCAUGAAAUUCUUGGUUCUGUUCGCCGGUUUAGUCGCUGCCUGUUCGGCCGGUUUGUUGCCAGCGGCGGUACCAGCAGCAGUGCCAGCAGCGAUCGCGGCACCGGUUCCAGCAGCAUUGACGGUCGGAACCUACGCGACCAGCUACAACGCGCACGCGGUUAAUCACGCGGUCGCUGCACCGUACAUCGCCAGCCCUGUGAUCGCCCACGCCGCCGCUGCUCCGCUCGCGUAUUCCAGCUUCCCUGCCGCGACCCUCAUCGCCGGCAGACGCUGAAAAUCGUACCGAAACCGCGUCACCGUUCGAGGACAGUGCAGCCAGAGAGAGACAUCCGGUUACGUUCCAACGCAAUGGCCAUACCAACCGUGAAACAACUGAUUAACCUUCGAUACUACCAUCCCCACCACAGCAACGAGAUCCUGGACCUCGGUGAAUGUCAUUGAUCUGCAAUUACAAAUGGAUGCCGACGACGUUUCAGGAUGUUUCCGUUUUCGGUUUUCACUCCUCUCCUUCUUUUAUUACUCUUGAUCGACAGACCUUUCGCUCGCUUUUUCAUUUUGCAAAAAAAACAAUAAAAAAGAUUUUUCUCCCUUU